AUGGUGUCCCUCUGGCCGUGGAGAGGCCCCGAUAACUCUCCAGCGUCCUUUGAGAAAGCUCUCUCAGGUCUGUCUGAGAAGAUCGCACAGUCUAACGGCAGCUUGGAGCUCCAUAGACAGCGUGCUCGUCGAUUCAAGGCGCUGUGGACGCUGUAUACCACUUUUGCAUACAUACUCUAUGCCCUGAUCGCGGCGCUGGUCCUUGGUUGGGAACGAUGGGGCCCUAUAGAGUAUACAGCCCUAUCAGGCAGCCCGGUGGUAAUAUACUCGAUCCGUCGGCUGGGCGCAGCGUUCUGCCAGUAUCGAAUCACAAAAACACAGAAAUACCUUGACGAGUUGCAGAAGCAGCGUGAUGUGACCAUCGAAAAAUUGAAAGAAGCUACAAAAUACAAUUCGACGUUGCAGCUGCUUGAAAAAUAUGGGUCGGAGCCUCCAAAGCCUCCCCCGCCACGGGAGGGUGCAGAGGGCAUAGAAGGAGGGAAUCAUUCUGGGAAUGCGAAACGUAAAGGCCCACGGUCUCGCGCGUCGCUCUCGUUCUCCGGCGGGUUAACUAGAAUGACCCCCCCGCCAACAGCUAAUAUCCCACGAGCACCGUUCGGCUCACUCCCUUCUAGCCCUAUGAGCCAGAGCCAAAACAGGCCUCCCGCCCCUCUUGAGCUGGGCUCACCUACCCCUUCAAGGCCACAACCGCCCCUGAAUCAACAAAAAGAGCCUCAUGACGAGCCUGGUUUCCAUCCCAGCGCCUUCUCUACACCCCAACAUGUCGAACCGCGCCAGCCUCAGUGGUAUGACCGGAUACUUGACGUCCUCCUCGGCGAAGACGAAACACUCCCCAAGAACCGUCUGGCGCUAAUCUGUGUUCACUGUCGAUUGGUCAACGGGCAAGCCGCACCUGGUAUUCGCACCAUGGAAGAAGUCGGUCGGUGGCGGUGCGUUGGGUGUGGCGGCUGGAACGGCGAGGAGAAGAAAAUUGCUACACACGAUGAUGGACUACUACAGGCUCAUCAUCGUAAUCGGAGUAAGAGUGUACCUCAUGCACCAUCACGGCCAGUAGUCGUGGUAGAACCCGCGAGUCCUACGGAUGGAGAUGGUACAUGGAAUACUAUUCCGCGUGAUGAGGGUACCAGUAAGGAGGUACUACAUGGGGAAAACUUGUCGGCAGAUGAGGGUGCAGAUUGGAGUAGUGAUGCAGACCUUGAAGCGACGCUGAAAGAGCAGUUGAAGGCUAAAGAGGAGCCGACUGACUGA